CUACAGACAGCUACACCUCCAACGAAAGCUAGACCCAAGGCCUCAGGAGCGGCGCACCACAGGGCCUCUAGAAGUACAGCCAGCCAUGUUCAACUUUGGGCAAUCCUCAACCACCCAGCAGGCGAAUCCAUUUGGCGCGCCCUCAAACAAUGCUUUUGGCGCUAGUCAGCCGCAGCAGCAGCAGCAGCCAUCGAGUAUCUUCGGCCAGCCGCAGCAGCAGCAGCCGCAACAGCAGCAACAAAGCACUUCUUUUGGCGGCUUUGGCUCUACCUCCACUCCAUUCGGUGCCCAAUCUGCCUCGACGCCGUUCGGUGGCUUUGGUAGUACAGCUCAAUCCAACGCGCCACCGGCGACGACUCCCUCUUUUGGUUUCGGCAGUACGCAGCCUGCUCCAGCGUUCGGCUCGAAUUCUGGUGGCUUACUCGGUUCGCAGCAGGCAAACACCGCGUCCUCUGCCUUUGGAGGCCAGCAGCAGUCUGGCGGUCUGUUCGGUAGUUCAUCUCAGCCAGCCAAUACGGGGGGAUUUGGAGGCAGCAGCGUUUUCGGACAAAGCAUGAAUACAAAUCAAGGCAAUGUACCAAACGGCACAGCUAAUCCUCCGUUCGCUGUAACCUCGGAGAAGGAAGGGACCGGCACCGGCAUGAACCAUUUUCAAUCCAUCACUUGCAUGCCAGCCUACACGAAUGCUUCAUUCGAGGAACUUCGCGUGCAAGAUUAUGCUCAAGGUCGCCGCUAUGGCUCUGGGCCAGCGACCGGUGGCUUCGGAAGUAGCUUUGGUCAGCCUAGUCAGCAGUCGACAGGCUUAUUUGGGCAAAACACUUCGACAGGUUUCGGUCAGUCUCCAAAUGCCUUUGGCCAGAGCAACCAGUCCAACAUCUUUGGCGCCGCUCAGCCUGCUCAAAGUACACCAUUUGGACAACCAUCUACAACGAGCGUCUUUGGGAGCCAACCAAGCAACUCUGCACCGUCUGCCGGUCUCUUCGGUAAUAAUUCUGGAGCUGGCAUCUUUGGUUCCUCAAACAACGCCACGACAACAGGGUUCGGGAGCACUCCGACGCAGCAGCCUAGCAGCUCUAUCUUUGGCCAACAGCCAUCGCAGCCUGCGUCCACAUUUGGUGCUACGCAACCCAAUAAUUCCCCCUUCGGUCUGAACACCCAAGCACAGGCUAGCACUGGUGGUCAGAAGCCGUUUACCUUCGGUGGAAGUACGAGUGCAUUUGGCGCCAAUACAACCUCGUCCACUGGCGCCUUUGGCUCCAACAACGCAGCCAAUGCACAGCCGUCAAGCAUUUUCGGUCAGCCCGCUCAACAAAACACUGCGUCCGGUGGAUUGUUUGGCUCGUCAGCUACCAAUACGAAUGCUGCCAGUGCCCCGUCGUUCUCCUUCGGUGGCAACAAUGCCACUCCAUCGCAAGCGCCUGCACAAUUUAGCUUUGGCAAUGCUAGUAACAACCAAGCCAGCAGUGCUCCAAAGUCCCUGUUUGGCAGUUCGACAGCAGCGAGUGGCUCCCCUGGUGCAUUUGGCAUGUCCAAUCCACAGCCUGCAGCAAAACCUACAUUCUCUUUUGGAGGUUCCGCAACACCAAGCACUUCAACAUCUGCCCCGAGUCUCUUUGGUAACGCCGCUCAAACUUCUUCUCAAAACAUGUUCGGCAACACAGGCAGUUCUGGUGGCGGCCUGUUCGGCGGCGGCGGCGGCGGCGGCAACAACACACAGCAACCCCAGCAGCAGGCAGGCAACAAUGUAUUCGGCAAGCUGGGCGGCAUGUUUGGCGGAUCUCAGACGGGAAGCAACACAACCAACUUGUUUGGAGGAACUGGCAAUGCGGGCACCUCUAGUACGCUCGGCGGUGGCAGUUUCUUUGGCGGACAAAGUAAUGCUCAAGGUCAACAAUCCCAACAACCUUCCAUUGGCAACAGUGCUUAUGGCAACAAUCCGCUAUUCGCCAGCGUCCAGCCAGCCAGUGCCACUACAUCGCCCGGCCCUCUUGCCACGCCUCUCGUCACAAACACGCUCAAGAAGAAGUCUGCAACGCUGCCACGCUUCAACUUGACACCUCGUUCCAAUGCCUCUAGUCCAAAGCUUUUACACAAUAUGAAACCGGCUUUGAGUGGUUCAUCCGCGAGUACGCCGAAGAAGCCUGGCCUUACACUUUUUGACGAAGAUCUACUGAUGAACCCCGAUGCAUUCUCUCCAAGGUCCAACAUCAAGAGGCUUGUCAUCGACCGCAAGGGUGACGAGCAGGAGCUUCUUUCUGGCGGACUUGAUCUCAAAGGUGCCAAGGAAGGGCCGCCGACAAGUGGUGAGCAGCAGACAGUGCGUGUAGAGCAACCCCGUUUACCAGCAGCGACAACGUACCGAGAAGUAGCUGUCCAACCGGCUAUGGAAGCGGCGCCUCGGCUUGCCUCUGAAAAAUCUUAUGAGGCCGCUCAGCAAGCUCCAGUGGCUGCCCGAAAGCCCUCAGCUGCUGCUGUCACUGUCGUCCCUCAAAAGAAGGACACUGAUUCUUAUUGGACCUCGCCUUCCAUCACUGCACUCAUGGACAUGUCAAAAGGUGAAUUGAGCAAGGUCAAAGACUUCACUGUCGGACGCCGUGGAUAUGGGCAAGUGAGCUUCAAUCAGCCAGUUGAUUUGUCAAGUCUGGAACAAGUCGAGGAUGUUGCUGGCAAAAUUGUCAUUUUUGAGCCCAAGAUGUGCUCAGUCUACCCCGUCGAAGAAAUGAAGCCUGCUGUAGGCAAGGGUCUCAAUGUGCCAGCCACCAUUACACUCGAGCAAUGCUAUCCGUUGUCUAGGGACAAGCGACAGCCAAUCCGGGACAAGAUGCACCCUCGAUUUCAGCAGCAUGUGGACCGCUUGAAAAGAAUGAGUGAGACGGAGUUUGUGGAUUAUCUCGCAGAUUCUGGAACGUGGAUCUUCAAGGUAGAGCACUUCUAGCAUCACGAAGUGCCUCGAGCACCGGCUCAUCUAUAGUGUUACAUAGUCUUAGAUAGCCUGAUUCCGUCCAAUC